AUGCCCCGCUUAUCUACCACCGGAAUCCACGGUGCCGACCACCUCCAUACGGUAUCGGAUGUUACUCCACCAAUUAACAUCUCCACGACAUUCAAGUAUACCAAUGAUCCCGAUAAGCUUGAGAAAGCACCUCCUGGACCUUUUCCUUACGAGGUCGGCAAGCCAGUCUACUCGCGUGAGGGCCACCCAUCAGGCGAAUUAGUGGAACUGACGAUUGGAAAAAUCACAAAUUCAUAUGCUGUUGCCUACAAUUCUGGCCUCAGUGCCGUCUAUGCCGCCUACACCCACCUCAACCCCAAGGUAUUGUGCAUUGGGCAGGGCUACCACGGUGUUCAUGGAAUUGCUGAUAUCUGGAAACGCAACCAUGGGUUGAAGCAAUUCAGUUUGAAAGACGAGGAUUUGGACAAAUUGGGCAAGGGUGACGUCAUUCACUUGGAGACUCCAGUGAACCCAGAUUCUCAAUGCUUUGACAUUCAAUAUUUCGCCGAUAAAGCCCAUGCCAAGGGCGCCUAUCUUGUUGUUGACUCGACUUUUGCCCCACCGCCUUUGCAGGAUGCAUUUGAGUUUGGAGCUGAUAUCGUGAUGCACUCUGCUACCAAGUAUUUCGGUGGCCAUUCCGAUUUGUUGGCUGGCGUGCUUUUGACAAAGAGUGAAAAGGUCUGGCGUGAUUUGAUAGACGACAGAAUAUAUUUGGGAACGAACAUCGCCAACUUGGAGUCCUCCCUCUUGCUCAGAAGUUUGAAGACCCUUGAAUUGAGGGUACUCAAGCAGAGUGCCAGUGCCACCAAGUUAGCUAAGUUCUUGGACGAAAGUAAGGAUAAGUACCCUGCGAUCUCAAAAGUUCACCACUCGUCCUUGCAAAAAGAUGAGUUUGUUGCUCGCCAGUUGAAGGGUGGACACUCACCUACAUUUGCUUUCGAGCUCCAGACUGAGGACCAAGCCAGAAAAUUCCCUUCAAAAUUGAAGUAUUUCUAUCAUGCCACUUCGUUAGGUGGAGUCGAGAGUUUGAUAGAAUGGCGAGCCAUGUCGGACAACACUGUAUCACCUUCGUUGCUUCGUGUCAGUGUCGGUCUUGAGGACGUGGACGACUUGAUUGAAGACAUCACAGAGGCACUCAAAGCGAUUUAA